AUGACGGAGAAAGAAGAGAAGGAAAGUGGGGUGGGGGGGGAGGUGUUCUUCAGUAUUCGUCUUUCCACGGGAGGCACUGUUGGCCAGGAUGAGAAAAUCCACACCCUUCUCCAGGGACCGCGGUCCUUCGUAGGGGGCCCGCGGUCUUUUUCUGCCAGUUACAAAGACUGCCAUGUGCUGGAGAAGGAUGGGCGCUCCCACCUGAGGGUGUUCAUGGAAGCUGUGCAGCCCAGUGGUCACUCUGACAUCUGUCCCAAACCUGAUCACACCUGGACUCCAGACUCCCACCUGGCACCACCCACCACAUUCUCACUUCCUGCCCCUCAUCCGUACCCUCUGACUCAGGAACAGUGCCAGGUGGCCUCCAGGCACAUCUCCCGCAGAGUGAGAAGAAGUUCAAAGGAAGCGUCAGCUGGCUGCUGUCAUGACAACACCAGAGAGGGUCCCUGUUACUAUGGCAACACAGUGACUGUCCAGUGCUUCAGAAAUAGUCACUUCGUCCUGGUGGUGUCCCGCGAAACAGCCUUGGUGUGCAGGACACUAAUCAAUGUCCAACUGGUCUGCACCGCCCCCCAGCUGCUCCCCAACCAGGAGGCGGGAUCCUCCGUGGUCUCCACGGCUGGCCCUCUCACCUGCUGUGACACCACAGUCCAGGUGGACAGCAUCCAGCAGAACAAGUUGGUGUCCCACAUCGGCAUCUGGAUGGGGCCACACGGUUCCAUCAUGUGGGACGGUGCCUUCCUCACACAGGCUGGGCCGCGGGCUUGGGAAGAAGCCAAGGCUGUGCCCGACCAUCGCCACCUCCUGAUCUCGGAGGUUACAAAGCCGCAGAUGAGGCAGGAGAUGGCUGGGGCUGAAGCCCUGAGGUACAGUAAUCUGGAUGCGCUGAUUCUGUGUCUUCUCUCCUCCAUCCUCUCCACCUGGGACUUCAGGCUUCACAUCCACUGUGUCUUCAAUGCCAGUGACUUCCUGCCCCUCCAGGCGUCCCUCUUUCCUCCCCAUCCAGCCACUGUGACCCAGUACGGCCCCCUGAGGCUUCAGCUGCAGAUCGACAAGGGAAAAGGGUACGACAAGGCUUUUAGUUCCUACCACAGGGAGGGGGACCACCCCAUUGUGGGGCUGCUUCAAGAGGCUCACCCCAUGGAGGUCUGGCUCCUGCAGAGGACAGACCCCAUGCUGGUCUUGGUGCUGCAUCUGCACUGGGCCACUCCCAGCGCCAACCCCUUCCAGUAUCCUCAGUGGCCCAUCCAGUCAGGUGAGUGUCCUUUCGGUGACAUCAGGACCUGAAUGAUGGCCUUGGAAGGGGCUCUGCCCUUCCACUCUCACUACCCGUGCUUCACCGUUGCCACCUUCGCCCCACUGGACGCUGGCUCCUGGAGGGUUUACUUCCUUUGCGGCACCUCUGCCUGCUGCCCCUCAGGGCUAAAGACUUACUCAACCACAUGUAGCUCUGGGGCUGCAGGUGAGUCCAGGUGAGCCUCAGGUCACCACAAUGACAUUGCCAGGCCCAGCAUGGUGAGCUCUCCUGGGCCACUGGGCUUUGAGGAUUCCUACAGGUGGGAGUCUACGCUGGGGCCUGCAGGUUCCAAUAUGAGCUGCAACCCAAGACCUCGCCUCUGGGGAAUUCUUUUGCUGUUGGCUGUUGCCCUGGUCCGAGGGGUUGGCGUCUUUGUGGACCUGAACCAGGCCAAGCCCAGAAGCUCCUGGAAGGCAACAGAAGGUGAACAGGCUGAAUAG